AUGGAUUACUUCACUAAGUGGCCAGAAGUCUUCGCCAUUCCAAAUCAAGAAGCUUCAACAAUUGCAGAUAAACUAGUUCAUGAAUUCUCCUGUCGUUUUGGAGUACUUUUAGAGAUUCACAGCGAUCAAGGAAGGAAUUUUGAGUCUCAAAUAUUCCAGGAAACUUGCCGAGUUAUGGGUACUCAGAAAACACGAACAACUUCUUACCACCCACAAUCUGAUGGAAUGGUAGAAAGAUUUAAUCAGACAUUGGAGAGGUACCUAGCAAAAGUUGUGGAAAGACGGCAACGAGACUGGGACAGGCACAUACAACCGUUUUUGUUGUCAUAUCGAAGCGCUGUUCACGAAAGUACAUCAGUGACACCAGCUUUCGCAACCUUUGGGAGAGAAUUGUGGCUGCCUGCAGACCUGAUCACCGGAAUACCACCUAAUACCCCACGCAGUAUAACCGAUUAUGCAAAUGACUUGCGGAACAAAAUGAAUGACAUUUAUGAGCACGUCAGACAGACGGGCCAGCAAACGUCUGAGAAGAUGAAAACACGGUAUGACCGCAAAAUGAACAACAAGGGGUUUGAUGAAGGUUCACUAGUGUGGUUACAUAAUCCAGUUCGCAGCAAAGGGAAAUCUCCUAAGCUUCAAGCUAAAUGGGACGGACCGUACCGGAUUGUGACAAGGAUCAAUGACGUAACCUACCGGAUACAGAAAGGUGCCAGAGGUACUGCUAAGAUUGUCCAUGUGGAUCGACUGGCGCGUUAUUAUGGGGCCAAUAAUGCUCGGGACGAGCAUGUUUUAACGUAA